UGUUUCUUACGUGUAAUUUUCGCAACACAUUGACAAGUUUCCGCUGGGUUUUUUUGAAAAUAACUCGAAAUUUUGCGGAGGAAUUUCGCACGUCAAGAAGAAAUCUUUGACAGGUUCGAGACUAGUGCACUUCAGAGACAACAGCGUAAAAAAUAAAAGGGCGCAUAUUAUCGGAAAUGUCAUCAGCACCUCUUUCUUUUUAUAAUAAGCGUCAGAGUUUCGUUAUUUCGGAAGAACCGUACGAUUCCGAGCGAGAUUGGCGGUAAUUGUUUGAUCGAUAAUACGCUAUUCCAGCGCGGAAACUGUCAGAGGCACCCCGACUGUCAAAAACAAAGAGUUCUCUCUUUAGGAAGAUUCCUUCCCGUUAUUGUUCGAGUAAAAGAAAUUUAAUGCUCGCUGUUAAAAAUGCCCCCAAAAAAGAAAACAAACACCGUGACGCUGGAACUGGAUCCCGUUGAAUCGGAGCCGAAAAUUGUGGAGACGAUCGAACCCGAAAUUACGAAGCCGAAAACAUUGGUGACUGGAGAACCAUAUGGUCCUCGAGUGCGUCUUGUCAGCGAACAAGCCGAAGAAGAGAGUUCGGAUGACGAGCUAGAGUCCGAGAGCGAAGAAGAAGACAGGUAUCUUCAAAGGGACCAGCCGGAUGUACCUUCUGAGUUCUGGCACAUACAAAAGCUCAUCAAAUAUAUGAAGGCUGGCAAUCAGACCGCUACCAUGGUGUCUUUGUGCCUUCUAAAGGAUUACGAUCUCACAAACAAAGAUAUACAGAAGGCUAUUCAGGGAAUGGGUGGUCUCGAGGUUUUGGUGAACCUUCUCGAAACGAAGGACAUCAAAUGUCAAAAUGGUUCACUCUCGGUUUUGUUGCAAAUUGCGACUUCUACAGAAAUGAAGCGACAUCUGAUCGACUUGGACAUCGCAACGCCAUUAAUUCAGAUGUUGAAACAUCCCGCCAGAGAUAUUCAGGUUUUAGCGGCCGAAACGAUGGCAAUUAUAGCUCAAAUAAGGAAAGCCAGGAAACAGAUUCGGAUUCGUAGUGGAAUACCGCUCAUACUGGACGUGAUGGAUGUGCCGGACGAAGUUCUCCGUCGACCGUACGACGAAUUGAACGAGGCCAACAAGGAGCUGGUGGCGGUCGCCAUAGGCUGCGCCAAAGUUCUGGACUCCCUCGGCAGCAGUCCAAAGAUCAAAGAAGAGCUACGCAAGCACGGCGUCGUUCGCCUGAUGUCGCGCUUUAUAAGAUCCAGGCACACCCAACUGAUCGUACCCACGAUGGGCAUCGUGCAGCAGUGCGCUGAUCUGAACGUCUUCAGGGAGGAGUUCGAGCGGGUCGGCAUCAUCAACGAGCUGGUGCGCCACUUGAAGAACGACAACGUUAAGCUCAAGGAGAACUGCGCCCUGGCGAUCUUCAAGUGCGCCUCGAACCAGGAGACCCGCAGCAGGGUGCGCAAAGCCGGCGGCCUGGACCCGCUGUGUCGGCUCGUGCAGAGCGACAUGGUACGCGCCAAUAAACACCUACUGGCUGCGGUGACCGGCGCCGUUUGGAAGUGUGCCAUCAGCCCGGAGAACGUGGCGAGAUUCAAUCAAAACGACCUGGUAGCGUCGCUGGUGCCACUUCUCGAGGAGAACGAGGACGAGCGAGUGUUGACCAACGUCGUGGGCGCCCUCGCCGAGUGCUGUAAAGAUCCCGCUAACAGGAACGUCUUGAGGGCUAACGAAGGCCUGCCGAAACUGAUCAGGCUGUUGAGCGCCACGUACGAGCCAUUACUGGAGAACGUGCCGCUGGUGCUGAAAGAGUGCGCCGUUGACGAGAUGUGUAUGGACAUCAUCAACGACCCGCAGCACCGACUGGACGGUGUGCGAUUGGUCUGGUCUCUCUUGAAGCACCCCAGCGAUGCGAUCAAGCGAAACGCCUGUCUCGCUCUGGUGCCCUGCAUCAAGCACUCCAAGGACUCGCCGGAGAUGGUGCGCGCCUUCGUGGGCGGCUUGGAGCUCACCGUCAGUCUGCUGCAGAGCGCGAACACGGGGGUGCUCAGCGCGGUCUGCGCCAUGAUCGCCGAGAUCGCCGCCGAUCCUGAGAACCUGGGGAUCUUGACGGAUCACGGCGUCGUGAAGAAAUUAGCCGCCCUCGUGGAAACCGACGACGAAAGUCUACGGGCGAACCUGACGUUAGCGAUAGCCUACUGCUGCGAGUGGGAUCGGAACAGCUACGAGUUCGGCAAGCUUAACGCCGUCGCGCCGCUCGUUAAUUACAUGACCAGCAAGAACAAGAGUGUGUUGAAGGGCGUCUGCAUCGCCGUUUACCAUUUGAGCAAGGAGCCCCUGAAUUGCGUAACUAUGCACACCUGCGGCGUUAUCAAGCACGUUCUGCGUCUGGUGGGUUCGGACGAUCCGGAGGUGCAGAUCGCAGCUGCGUCCACUAUACGUCACAUAAGGAAGCUCGCAUUGACAGCGGAAAAAUUCCACUUCAACGAAACGUAA